GAUGUAGUUGCUGUUAGCAAUGCGAAAUCGGAUUUUGUGAGAUAAAAAUGUUCUCUGUCACGAUUUUACUAUAAAAUGAAAAGAUGUGAUAUUUUAGAACUUAAAGAAAUUCAAAAAUAACUCUUCAAAAAAAAAAUUCUGAGGGGAGAAAACACCCUUGAAAAUUGAUUGCUGUUCUUUCCAACAUGAUCUUCCCUUCAUUUUUUUUGGAAAAGAAUCUGUAGAUGUUUGUUACCAAACCUAAGGUAUCAGACAUUUUAAAUUAUGACGUCACAUUCCAAUUCCAAAGUAGCAGUCAUUCCUAGGUGACUGUUAUUUGGAGCCCAGCAUUUCUAAGUGCUGACCAACAUGGAUGUGAUUCUGUCAGAAUUUGUAGCUCGUACAUCUGCAGAUCCUGGAUUAGCAACUGAUUUAUUAGAAGCUCAUGAGUGGAAUUUGCAUUCAGCUCUAUCUGCUUACUAUGUUAUGAAAGGUAUACUUCCUGGGGAAGUUCCACCUUCAGAUGCUGAGAUAGCAGCAGCCCAUUCUAAAAAACAUGCUGUCAACCAGGCAGAUGAUAGAAAUGUAGUGAAUAGUAAUAAUGUUGGCAGUAGACCACCUUUAAAGAAAUUACCUGCUUUUGAGUUUGAAGAAACUGAUCGGAAGCUGACAAGGGGUAUAUCACGUGCUACUGACAAUUUCACUCUGGUGUCUCAGGCUAGAAAAGAGCUUGCAGAAGAUUUUGAUACUGUUGAUUUGUGUGCUCGACCUGCAAGCUUGAAGCUCGAACUGCCAGAGCAUUCUUUUUCUUUACCAGAUUUUUCUGUCUUUCCUGAAAAUUUGAGAGAAUAUUUGCAACGUGACCUGAUUGAAACAGCUACAUUAGUUUCUUUAGAACAAGCUGGCAGGUUGAACUGGUGGCAUUCUAGGAAAAUUGGUAGGAAGCUUUGGCCAUUAUCUACUACUGGAGAUGGUAAUUGUCUUCUUCAUGCUGCAUCAUUAGGCAUGUGGGGCUUUCACGACAGACUUUUAACACUACGGAAGGCUUUGCAUUCUCUUCUUAUGAAUAGUUCCUAUACAGAUGCCUUUUAUAGAAGAUGGCGUUGGCAAACAGCUUUACAAAAUAAAGAGGCUGGCUUAAUAUAUUGUGAAGAAGAAUGGGAAAGAGAAUGGAAAAACCUUUUAAAGUUAUCUUCAUCUGAACCAAGACAGUCUAGUAUUCAAAGGAAUUUGAGUGAACAGUCGUGCAGUUCUAGUGGUACACAAAGCAGUGAUUACCAGUCUGAAGUCUACGAAAGUUUGGAAGAGAUGCAUGUUCUUGCUUUGGCUCAUGUUCUGAAGAGAGCCAUUAUCAUUAUAUCAGAUACUGUAUUAAAGGAUGUCACUGGAGAACCUUUUGCUCCCAUUCCUUUUGGUGGAAUUUAUUUACCUAUAGAAUGCCCAGCAUCUGAAUGCCAUCGUUCACCACUGUGUCUUACUUUUGACUCUGCCCACUUCUCUGCCUUGGUUCCUAUGGAUGAAGAGAAUGGUAAUUCAGAGCUUCCUGCUAUAAUACCAGUGACGGAUCCAGACAACAAAUUAUUGCCUUUGCAAUUUGCAGUUGAUCCUGGUCCAGAAGUUCGUUGGAGUCAAGAUGAGAAUGAUCCAUGGGUUAUUGCCAGAUUAACUUUAACUGACAAAGAAAAACUCACACUGCUCAAUGAAUACUUGGAUAUAAAAAAUAUUGAAGUGAGUCCUGAAAAUGGAUCUACAGAGAAAACCACUUGUAAAGAAAUGAAUGGUCAUUUAGCAGCAGCUAAAUUUUAUGACCCUUACGAGUCAGAUGACAGCUCUUCUGAUCAUGGAAUCUCCUGUACAGGUGGUAAGAGCAAGAAGAACAAAGCUGCUCGUCAGUUUCAGACUGUUGCCAAGCAGUUUGGUAGCAUUGGACGAAGCAUGAGUAAGAAAUUGAAGCAUAUUGGGAAUAUGGCUCGUCGUGGAGGCUCCUUUAAGGGGGAAACAACAACGAUCAAGAGAACUUCUGAUACACUUAAAAACAAAAGAACUUUAAGCGGGCUUCCCAUGAUGUCUCGAACUGCUACAAUUGAUGGCAGCUUGAAUCCAAGACAAGUUGUUGUGGCUGUUCUAAAUACUGAAAAGAAACAUGAGUAUCAAAAGAAAUUAAUACAAAAUUACCUCACUUCUGCUAUUAGUCGAUAUGAGAAUGAUAAAAUUCGAAAAAAUGGCACUUCCUACUGCCAUAAUGGCAAACUUCCUGCAUUGCAGUGUAUUAAUCCAGGUUGUACCAUGUAUAGCUCUCCGUCAACUAGUUACUUGUGUUCAACAUGUUAUGCAAAGCAAAAAAAUACAGAACUAGAGUUACUUCAAGGUCAGAAGAAUAUAGAAGUCAUUAAUGAAGGCCCACUUGUUGUGUCUGGUAAAUCAUCAUUUUAUACUGAAGUUGAUAAAACUGUGAAAGAAUCUGUUGAGAAAUUGCCUGUUGCUGGGCGUCUACCAAAUGGACCAUCAGAAUAUAAAAAUUCUCUGUUUUAUGAUAAAUUUCAUUGUGAUAAUGGGACAUAUCCUUCUUUAAUUCCAGAUCAUAAGUGUCCAUCUUCUGGCCUUGAUUCACACUCAGUUCUUAAAACCAUCGAAGAAUCAUCCUCAAUAUAAAGUUACAUUAAAAAUUAUUAUUAUUUUUCAUUGUCUGAUUCGACUGUGCCUUUUCAUCACUUACAACUGCAAACUGAAUAAGCUUUUCACUUAUUCCAAUAAGUGAUUUUUCUAUGGCUUUAUAUUCAUCAAGUUAUUCAAAUUUUUGCCCAUUGUUUAGAUAUAUGCAUAUAUAUAUACAUUAUCAAUGUAAUUCAUAUUGAAAUACUGGAAGUAUGAUGAUAUUACAUUUCCUUCAAACUGAUGGGCUUAUAAAGACCAUAUAUUUCCUGAAAGAUUUAUAGAU